AUGCGCGUAUUCAGACCGCCGGAUCUGUUAGAAGUUGAGUCAGUGCAUCAUCUCUCACCUUACUCAACAUUUUCCUCUUCCGAGCCGGUAUACGCAACUGCCAUGUACCCCUUUUAUGAUCUCCAAGACCCUUCCACAACUCUUUUUCUUUCUUCAGUGCGUGACCACCCCAUCAGACUGACUUCAGCACUGUCCCCAACCUCUAUUGGGAGUUAUUCGUUCGUAAAUCCAAUGACUGAGGCUUUCAUCACGCCCCAUUCAAUGCUCUACCCUUCAACUCUGGGUGGAACUCAUUUCCUCACCGGCUCAGACAGUCUGAUCUGUCUCUUCGACAUCUCUCGCCCAGGUAAGGAUGGGCCUGUUUCCGCAAUGCCAACUAUUCCAAGCAAACGUAAGCAGAUUGUUGGCGGCGGCAUUGGAAUGAAGGGCAUUGUCUCGGCAUUGGCCGUCAACCCCAGCGGCGACGGUGUUCUGGCUGCAGGCACUUUCACUAGACACGUGGGUUUGUACAGCUCCAAUGGGUCUGGAGAGCUCCUAGGCACGUUCAGCAUAGCGAAGACACCUGCGAACCGUGAGAUAGGGGGGAAAGGUAUCACGCAGCUUGCGUGGAGUCCUUGUGGCCGGUAUCUGUAUAUUGCUGAACGAAAGAGCGACGGGGUUCUUGUGUACGAUAUUCGGGGCACAGGCCAAAUGCUCGGAUUUCUGCGAGGGCGUCGUGCGAUGACCAACCAUCGCUUGAAGAUCGAUGUGCUGUCUGCGGGUCCAGAUGGCUCGCAUGAGGUCUGGGCUGGAGGAACGGAUGGGUAUAUGAGGGUGUGGAGGAACCCCGUAUAUUCUGCCGGCGGGCAAGAUCCGGAUUGGGAAUUCAAAGUUCAUGACGGUGAGAAGCUAAAGCUUGAUGCUGUGUGGCAAGCGCUGAUGUUUAUUGUAGAUGCGGUAACAAGCACGACGUUUCAUCCCAUGGGUGAUGUUGCUGCGACGUGUUGUGGACAUUCUUCCCCUCAUGUUGCAAAGCUGUUGGAGAACAGCGUUGAACCACCUUCGCAAGACCGACAUGGAGAACUAGGUAUCAGAAUAUGGGAUAUGCCGUCCGCCUUGGGGUGGGAAAUGGCAACACACGCGAGUACAGUCGAUAGUCCGCCUUGA